AUUUCGAAUAGAGUUCUCUACCCAAUCUCACUCAAUCUCUAUUUGUCUCCUCUUGCGUGUAUUGCUUGUCUUGUUUUGUCCGGUUUUUUGGGUUAAUAUUUAUAUUACAGAGUUAUUAAUUGUGACUAAUGUAUAUAAUAGUGAUCUAACACCUGUUUUAGAAUAAUACAAUGAUGUAAAUGUGUAAAAGAUUGUUUUCUUCUUAUAUUUUUGUUUUAAAAACAUGUUGGGUAAUUCACACUUUGGUGAAAAUACAUAACUUUGAGACUGGUUAUUGUGGACAAUGAUGGCUUCGAUGGCUGCAGGCGGACCUGGGGAUCCGCAUACCCAGAUGAAUACCUACAGGAGCUAUGUGACCAUGCUGGCGGACCCGGGCGCCAAGGAUGAGAUCAAGCUGAAGGCAGCCCAGGAACUCAGCGAAAACUUUGAGGUAAUACUCAGCUCCCCUCAGUAUCCACAAUUCCUAGACCAUUCCCUGAAAAUAUUCCUCAAAAUACUGCAAGAAGGGGAGCCACACUUUAUAGCGGAGUAUAAUAUUCAGCAAGUGCGGAAACUGAUCCUUGAGAUGAUCCAUCGUCUCCCCAUCAGUGAAACAUUAAGGCCUUAUGUAAAAAGUAUAUUAAUAUUGAUGUUAAAACUGAUGGAGAUAGAAAAUGAAGAAAACGUCCUGGUCUGCUUGAAGAUAUUUAUGGAAUUACACAAACAGUACAGGCCUACAUACUCCACCGAAUUUGUGCACAUAAAAUGUAGAGAGGAUAUGGAGCAUAACUUCAGGAGUUCAAGUUCUCAUAUAAAUCUUUAG